CAAAGAACACCAACCCAGCAAAAAUUUUGGAUUGGGACCGUUAGCCCUUAGCAUGCACCAUUAAUGAAGAAGCUUGUAAGCUAGCAAGUAUGUCCAAACUAGUAGAAAAAUAAAAAUCUAACCUUGUCAAGUGUCCCAAACUCAAACUGGCUAUCAGCUACCACAUGUCAUUUUAGUUCUUUUUUUUUUCCCUCGGCUUAAUCCCGUAGCUUUGUUUUACUAUAAAUACAUACGGCCUAAAACCAGAAAGCUCCUCAAUAUCAUCUUAUAACACACACAAAAACCACAUUUUCUUUUACUUGUAAUUAAGGAUUAACAUUCCCUUUUAGCCAAAAAAAAAAAAAAGAAAAAAAAAAACCCAAUGGGAACCCUUUACCAAUCCCCUCCUGCUUCAUCCAUAGUACGUGACCUUAAGGUCACCAUUCAAGACACCAGUGUGGUUUUUCCGGCCAAGAAAACCGAAAAGAGGUUCAUGUUCUUGUCAAACAUUGAUCAAGUCCUCAAUUUCUAUGUUCAAACCGUCGACUUCUUCCCGGCAAACCCGGAAUUCCCGCCAGAUGUCGUGGCCGAGAAGCUGAAAACGGCGCUGAGUAAAGUGUUGGUGUCUUACGAUUUCAUGGCCGGACGGCUGAAGCUGAACCAAGAAUCCGGCCGGUUGGAGAUCGAGUGCAACGGUCAAGGGGUUGUUUAUUGCGUGGCUUCAAGUGAUUAUUCGCUUGAUGAUAUCGGAGAUUUGGUGUAUCCGAAUCCGGCAUUUGGACAGCUUGUAGUACAGAAAUUGGACAAUGUGGAAGCUGGAGAUCAGCCACUUUGUACCGUUCAGCUCACGUCGUUCAAGUGUGGAGGUUUUGCGGUGGGAAUUUCCAACAACCAUUGCACGUUUGAUGGUUUAAGUUUCAAAAUUUUCCUUCAAAAUUUGGCCUCCCAAGCCUUUGAUGACAACAAACCCUUGGCUAUUACCCCAGCUAACGAUCGAACCUUACUGGCAGCAAGGAACCCUCCACGUGUCACCUUCCCACAUCCCGAAUUACUCAAACUCAAGAUCCCAAUCGGCGAAGAAGAUCAAAACCUUCCGGUUUUCGACUGCCCGGAAGAAGAACUCGACCUUAAAAUAUUCAAACUCAGCUCAGAUGACGUCAAUUCCUUGAGAGAGAAGGCAAAACCCGACCCGGUUUCGACCGGGGAUAAUAACAUUAAGAUCACGAGCUUUAACGUUGUUACAUCACAUAUUUGGAGAUGCAAGGCCUUGUCAUUCGGGGGUGACGACCCGGACCGACUGUCCACCGUACUCUACGCGGUGGAUAUUCGGUCCAGGCUAAACCCCCCGUUGCCCGGUUCCUACACGGGGAAUGCGGUGCUCACGGCUUACGCCACCGCCACGUGUAAGGAGCUCGAAGACGGGCCUCUUUCGAAGGUGGUGGCCUUGGUUGCGGAGGGUGCGAAUCGAAUGACGGACGAGUACGCGCGAUCCGCCAUCGACUGGGGCGAGGUGUACAAGGGGUUCCCCCACGGGGAGUUUUUGAUCUCGUCGUGGUGGCGGUUGGGGUUUUCCGACGUGGUGUACCCGUGGGGCAAGCCGAGGUAUAGUUGUCCGGUGGUGCAUCACCGGAAAGAUAUCAUUCUGCUGUUUCCCGAUAUUGAUGAGGAGAAAAAUGCGGUGAAUGUUUUGGUUGCGCUGCCCAUGAAGGAAAUGGAGAAGUUCCAAACACUCUUUCACAAAUUAUUGAAAGAAGUUGAUCACUGGCACUAGUGAGUGUUAGUUAAUGAUUUAAAUCACCCGAAUGGUCCUUUGAAUUAGUACUUAAUUUUCAUAUGGUGUUACCAAUUUGAAAAAUGUUUUAUCCACCACUUUCAUUUGAAGGAAAAUCAGGUCGAUAAAUCGAAAUUGGGAGCUGUAGCUAUGUGGCACGAGUGAGACUUAAGAUUGUCGUUAAUUGAAGCGAUGGAUUCCAAAGAAGAAUGAACAUGAUGAAUUAAAUUGAAGCACUAUUCGAGUGAUUUAUCGCGGAGUAUUAUUUGUAUAGUUUUGGAAUAUUGUGUGCUUCCAAAUGCGUUUGUGGUAUGUAUAUGAUUUUUUGUACGAAUUAUGAGAAAACUCGUGUUUUUUUUUUCUUCCCGUAUCUAAAUUACCUGCACAAUUGUAUAUUCAUAAAUUAUCACGAAUAUAGUGUUCUUUAUUUAAUGAUUUAUAGAGAAAAUGUGUCAAAUAAAGUUUCUUUUUUUAAUAA